CUCUCAAUCCCAGUUAUUAUUAAGAUUGAUUCAUUCAUUGAUUGUUUGAGUCGGUCACAUUCCCAUUUUGGACUUUAUCUUACUCCCACUCCAACCCCCCAACGUCUCUUUUUUCUGUCAUCAAACCCAAAUCCAUACCCUUCAUUUCAUUUUCAUUCAUAUUUUUCAUCACCAAACUCUCAUUGACUCCUUACCCAAAACCAAUUAAGACCUUUUCAUUUCUCACUUUCACCUAUUAUUCCAAAUACCCAUUUCAUUACAACACACAUACACACUCUUCUCUUCUACAUAUUCUUACCUUUUCUCUCUCAAUGGGCUGCUUGGUCUUCCCAGUUUCCAUACUCAAAAGCAAGUGCAUGGGUUCACGGCUGAGCUACCAACCUUUGACCCACGAUGAAGUGUUUGGCGACCAAGAAAAUCAAAAUACGGCGGUGACUGUGGUGGUGGGAAAGGAAAAGAGAGAGUUUUUAGUGGACCCUUUUGUCUUACAAGAAAACCCUUUUCGAGUUUUGAUCGAUACUACCAUAAAUAAUAAAGAGAAGAUCAACAAGAACAGAGUUCUGAAAAAGAAGAAUAAGAUGAAGAAGACAAAGGUUGUUUUUGUGGAUGUCGAUGCAAUUUUGUUCGAACACAUGUUGUGGUUGAUGUAUAAUGAUUGUUCUUCUUUCUUUAACCUCAAUCUUAACGAAAUUAUUGAUUUUUAUUCUCAAGAUAUUUAAUUUAUUAAAUCAUAAUAUAAUAGAUUAUGAAACACUAAAUUAAGUAAUAUGUCUCUGUUUUUUUUUUUUUGAUUCUGUAAAGUUUUAUGUUUAAUAACUUUGUCAAAGUAAAUUAAUAUAACAAAUGAAAUAUUACUAAUAUUAUUUGGUUAAA